GUGCAAGGAAUUAAGAUGGCGAUGCUGGUGAACAUGUCUUUAUACAGCCGGCUGCAACAGAAGGAGCUGUCGGAGGCUGACCUGCGCCGCUUCUGCUUCCCGCGCCCUCAUUCCCAGCCCGGGAGAGCCCAACUCUUCAACAUUGAUCAAAGCUUCAACACUGUCAUUCCGGGACGACGAAGUCGCAAUUGCAGACGUUGUAAGACAGUGUACAGCAUAGACAACCUUGGUCGGGUGCUCACUAAAGACACUUGUGCCCACCACUGGGGCAAGCUCUCCAGAACAGCCUACCCUUACUACUACUGCUGCAAUUUGCCCCUCGGUUCCCGACCUUGUUCAACUGCUCCUCAACACGUUUCAGAGGAAAUUGAUCCUAAUAAUUUAACAGGCUUCAUCAACACUAGCCUCAACAGCAGUGUGACUUCAGAAGCCAUUUACGCCCUCGACUGUGAGAUGGUAUUCACCACAGCUGGGAUGGAUGUGGCAGCCAUCUCUAUCGUGGACUCCAACUGUCUGCUGGUGUACGAGACGUUGGUGCAUCCCGACGACCCCAUCGUCGACUACAACACCGAGCACUCGGGACUCUCCAGAAACAUGUUUCAAGGAGUUUCGACUCUGCUUAAGGACGUCCACGCCAAGCUGCUCACACUGGUGGGAAGCCGGACUAUUCUAGUCGGCCACGGCCUGGACCACGACCUAAUGCGGCUGAAGGUGAUACACGAUCACGUGGUGGACACCAGUGUCCUCUUUCCUCAUCCUCGAGGCUUUCCUACUCGAAACUCUUUGAACUUUUUAAAGGAAAGGUUCGGUGGGGGGUUGAGAAGCUCUAGCUAUGGUCUGAAGUGUCGAGCAGACGCCGAGGCAGUCAUGCACAUUGUAAACAAUAUGAGGUAGGCUAUAGCCUAAAGUGUCGAGCAGACGCCGAGGCAGUCAUGCACAUUGUAAACAAUAUGAGGUAGGCUAUAGCCUAAAGUGUCGAGCAGACGCCGAGGCAGUCAUGCACAUUGUAAACAAUAUGAGGUAGGCUAUAGCCUAAAGUGUCGAGCAGACGCCGAGGCAGUCAUGCACAUUGUAAACAAUAUGAGGUAGGCUAUGGCCUGAAGUGUCGAGCAGACGCCGAGGCAGUCAUGCACAUUGUAAACAACAUGAGGUAGGCUAAGUCCAGGAAAACCUGCAC